AUGAGGCGGGGCAAGAAAACGUCGAUUCCGGCGAGCUUAAUAGCGCCCGCCUUGCGAUCCGCCACUAAAGCGCCCGAAGCUCUUGCUUCCCCAGUUGGCUCUUCUGCGGCAGACGCCAGUUCUCUGCGCGAUUCUUUCCAGGCUGCGCAGGCCAAGAGCAAAGCGUCAAAUCCAGCGAGUUCGGCAGCGGCCGCCUCGCAGACUCGAUCCGCCCCUCAAGAGCCGGAAGUGCCUGCUGAUCCUUCCUCAGGGGGCUUCUCGGCUGCAGGCGCCACUUCUCUGCGCGAUCUCUUGCAGGUUGCGCGGCCCGAGAACAAAACGCCGAAUCCGGCGAGCUCGGCAGCGCCCGCCACUCAAGAGCCCGAAGCGCCCGCUGAUCCUUCCUCAGGCAGUUCUCUGCGCGAUCCCUUACAGGCUGCGCAGCCCCCCUUGGUCAAGCUUCCCGGGCCUGGCUCAGACUCCGACUCAGCUUCCGCUUUGGGAUCAGAGACCCACGAAACCCAAGAGUCGCCUCCCCCUCCUCCCCUCAUCCAGGACAGCGUCGACAGCGGCCCGUGUGCUCGAGGCUUGGCUUUGCAGCCGGACAAAAUGUUCAGCAUAUUCCGGUCCAUCCCUACGCAGAUGGACUACAAAGGCCAAAAAUUAGCAGAACAGAUUUUCCAAGGCAUCAUCCUUGUGUCUGCUGUAAUUGGUUUCAUUUAUGGAUACAUCACUGAACAAUUUGGAUGGACAGUUUACAUAGUAAUGGCUGGAUUUGCUUUGUCUUGCCUGCUAACACUCCCUCCGUGGCCCAUAUACCGUCGCAAUCCUCUGAAGUGGUUGCCUGUCCAGGAACCUGCAACAGAUGAUAAGAAGCCAGCAGACAGAAAAGUAAAAAGGCAUUCUAAAAACUGAAACUAUCCUGUAUAAUUGUUGGCCAUUAAAUUUGUUUUGAAGUU